UGUUCGGCUUGUUAAUUUUGUUUAACUCUUGCUUAAUUUUGUUAUAGUUUUGAUAAUUAAAAAAAGAAAAGCAAUGCAAUCAAAUGCAAUAGUUAGUUGUUUAUUAUUGUUAUUCCACAAUGUGUGUUGUUACCAGGACAACUGGGUUGAACCACAUGCAUGGUCGGAACUGACAUCAGCGCAAUUUAAUAACCCAGGUGAAGAAUCCUGCCAAUGUCAGGUCCCGGUGCCAGCAGAGAAAUCAUUGGCAACCAUAGAGGAUCAAUUAGCAUUAACGUAUUUCAAAAAGUUUGUUAAUACUUUAUUUAGUCGCAAGCGACUGAAGUAUGGAAAAACGUCGCAUCUUUUUAAACGAUCGCUGAUAUUUACUUUAAAUCCGUCACAAGUCGACGAGCUUGAAACAGUCCAAGAUGUGCGUGACCUUGAUAUCAUGCUCACCAAAAUACUGGAUGAGGCAAGAGAUGUGCCCUUGCCGUCCGAUCAGGCCGACGACGAAUAUACCUACAGGCACCAAGGAAUGGGAGUGCGUGCGCUUGUUAUGGACAUAUUCAAGGAUCUUAUACAGUUACUCAAAAUAUCCGAGGUGAGAUUCAUGCUAACAGUGCUGCUCACCAUUACUACCGGGUGGAUUGUGCACAGACGAUUUCGAUUUUCGGCCAUUGCCAUUAUUCUUGGCGGCAUUUUCCUGUAUGGCUACUUUGUAACCUAUUUGGAGUGCAAUAGGAAACUGGAAGUUGAGGCUUUGAUUGACGUAAUUGACAGUCAUCAGAAGCCCACGGAUGAUGCUGAAAAAACAUGGUUUUCACGCAUGUUUGGCUAUCUUUUCAACGAGUCGCCAGAGGCGCAACAAAAGCAGAAACUUUUAAAAUCAAGCAAAUUAAAUAUGCCCUACUGUCGACCUGAUCACGUUUUCGUUAUGUAUACGAGUGACAUAUUCCUCAAACAAAUUGAACUGAUACUAGAAAAAACAACUCACACCAUGACGAGUUUAACCACUGGAUUAUCAUUUCCAUAUAACUUGAUUGCUCCAUUUGCACUGGUCUGCAUGAUUGGGUACUUACUGAAGUUAAUCUUCAAGUACGUCAUAAGCCCCAAGGCGUGGAUGGGACUCGUGCAUGGUAGAUCGUCUGCAUCUACUACAAAAACGCAACAGCAAGCCUUGGCAAAUGAAUCAACACAAGAUCGAUUGUCGGGUGAAAACCUUAAGAUGUUGUUAAAUGUCAUAGGCGCUUCAGGCAUAACACAAUCCCAACAACAACUACAACUAUCCCCGUCGGGUGUCCAAGAGCUGCUGGAACCACUGGAAGCGCCCCCACCAACGCCACAAGAAGCACAAACUAAAAGCAAACAAAAUUUAAAGCCAAUUUCAAACGAAAAUCCCAAUAUCAGUAAUUCCUCAGCUGACAUCGCGCAUGAAGCUGGUUUUACGGUUGUUGAUGAUAACCAAGAUGAUGAUCAUAUUGAUAGUUUUUAAUGUUUGGCUAUAUAUUUUUUAAGCUGUAUUAUGUGUAAUGUUCGUGAUGAUCUAUAUAUAUAUUUUUUUUACCAAUUAAUUGGCAUAAGUUCUUACAGUCAAAGAUAAUUUUGUUACCAGCUGAUAUUUUUCGUAGUUAAAUUAUUCUUUAUUUAAAUUAUUUUUGCGUGUAAUUAUUUAAUUUUUGCACGAUAAUUAUUAUAAGUUAAAUCUCCAACAAUAAGAUUUUUUAAGUGUCAUUAAUAGGCCUCCCAAAACUGUCUAUUACAUGUAUAUAUAUUUUGCAUUCGGCCACUCCAAAACUGUAUACAUAUUAUCAGUAUAUAUUACCUGUAUAUAUACAUAUACCAAUUAUGCCAAUUGCUGAAUUUUUUGUUCAUAUUUACAUCUUAUUAGCAUUGAGUGUGUCUGUCUGUGUUAGCUGCAUAUUUGAAAUGUAAGCAGUAAUAAAAUAUUCAUCAUGAAUAAACUAGCUCAAUAUACAACUAAUAUGUUGUGUGUAUAAUAAUUAUAUUGUAAUGUAUAUUCAUAAAAAAAAAAUUAAAAAUAAUUCCGUGUAAAUAUAUUCAUUCGUUGUAUUUUAAAUUAUACUUUUGAAUUACAUAUACAUACAUAUUGAUGCUGUAUUACAUAUAAAUUACAUUUCCUUAAUAUUAUUAUGCAACUAAUUAUCGAUUUUAUGUAUUGUAUUAUAUUGUACACCAAUACACGGCAUGUACAUGUAAGCCAUAACCAGUUUCGCUGUCAAGAGCCCAACAAACUUAACUAAAUCUAGGGAAACUAAGCAAAAACCUAGUGCACGCAGGAUCAUGCUAACCAUACAUAAGAUUUAACUAAGGCUGGCAUUAGAAUUAUAUAUAAUAUACUAUUUAUGCAUUUGUUUACUAUGGCAAACUAAGAGAAUUUAUCUAAAUUGAUUUCUGAAAUCUUAUACGCAAAUUGGUCCGCUAUCAAAAUCUUGGUUAAUAAUUUCACUACACAAAUUCAACAAUAUAGUAGAUAAGUAUGUACUAUGUUAUAUUUUUUAUAUGCGUGUGUAUGUUUUCCUCAUUUAUUAGCUGAUCACUAUUUAUUUAAAUUGGUGCCAAACAACGAUCAAGUGGCAUUUUUAUUGUGUGUUUACUGUGUGCAUAAGAAAUGAGCAAAGUCAUAAUUAAUAUAAUUACUUGUCUUGUUUCAUGUUCACCACGAAUUUGGCAAAAAAUUACAUUAGUUGAACAGCAAUUAAUUGGAAUUAUUCUCCGCCUAGCUGAAUAGGGUAUACAAAAUUUAAAAACCUAAUGCCCUUUUAAUAUCAUACAACAGCAAAACGACGCGAAACUAUUUAACCGUCUAAUAGACUUUAACUCCUACGCCUACUUAUAAGCCAACCCAACUAUUUAAAUUUAGCAAAUACCACAAUUUGUGAACUGUUUAUACUUUAAGUUAAACAUACAUUGUGUUCGUUUUGUUUAAAACAGGCAACUUAUAUACCAGUUUGCACAUAUCCUUCGAUGUACAUGUAUUUCUAUUUUCAUUAGCACUAACUCUACAAUUUCGAAUGAGCGACAAAAACUGUGCUUGUUUCGUGGCAUGAAGAUCCGGAUACAGUAUAAUUCGACUGCCUUAAACAUCGGAACUUCACGUGUGGCAUAAUCUUUGACUAAAGCUAAUUUGUUUAUGCACUGUUCUUUAAAUGUUAAUUAAGUUCAGCAAAUAAUUGUAAGCAAAUACAUUAUACGUACAUAAACAAGUUUUGUGUAAAAUCUUUCAAAGUGGAAACAAUUUUCGAUUUCUCGGUAUCAUCGUGUCGGUCGUCGGUCUUCGGUCUGAUUGUGUGAGUAUUAUUUAUACAUUAUAGGUGAUGUUAGUGGCAAAUAUUCCAUUUGUUUAACGUUUUUGGUGGUAAAUAGUUUUACAGCAAUAAAUUGAUAGUCAGAUAGGAGACAUUGCAGCAAACGAAACAGAUCCAUAUCUAAUAAGGACACUCGAUUCCAUGCCACAAAUGCUUCAGAAUUGUCUUGUCCAUUUAGAGUCUUCUCUGUUAGUGAAAAUGGAUUUUUAUGUAAAUACACACUGUGUAUUUGAUUAAGCUUUAGUUGUAGUAAGUAGAUAAAAUGGUAUGUCUUUUAAGUAGGUACUUUGGCUUUUCAUUUGGGAUAUACGCACAUAUGCAUGUGCAUAUUCGUAUAGUUUAUAUUAUAGCAUUAUGAUAUCUGUGUAAUGUACACAUCUAGUAUGUAAGUGCGAGUAUGUCAUGUAAUGUUAGUAUGUUAUGUAUUUGAUAUGUAUGCCGUUACGUUUCAGAUGCAGUUUUCAGAAUCCAAAGAAAUUAAUGCGUUAAUAUGUAUAUAUUUUGUGAUCUUUGGUGUUGUGUGGGUGUGCGGGCUUGGGAAGGGUGGGUAUGUGUGUGACGGUUGCCUUCUCUAUUCUUGUAGAUGAGCAGGCGUUGCGGAUAAAAUCUAUGUAUGCAAAAUAUACUUAU